ACAAUCAAACCUGUGUAUAUAUAUAUGUGUGUGUGUGUGUGUAUGAGUGUAUUCUUUUUUUUAUCAAAAGUGCAUUUACAUAUCUACACGUUCAUAAUACACCGUACUCUCGAAAGUCUAAUUUUGGAGAACUGUUAUUUUUUGAGACUAUCACUGUUGUCGUUAAUUAACUUUCCACUUUUCUAUUGUUUUUUUUUUGUUGUUGUGAUAUCGUUAUUGAUACUCUUCGAACGCCUAACAGCAGCAACCCUAAAGGCCAACAAGUCUUUCGUUUUGCGGACUAUAGCGAAAUUAUACGAGUGAUUAUACUUAAUAUCGAUCAUUUACGGUUCCUCUUGGAUAACUUUCCUGUGGAAGGACAAAAGUGAAAUAUAAGUGAAAGAAACGUCGAGAGAGAGAGAGAGAGAGAGAGAGAAGAAAAGAAGAGAAGAGAAGAGAAGAGAAGAGAGAAGAGAGAAAAGAGUGGAGGUUUAAAGAGAGUGCGACAUCGACGGGAUCCUUUCGAUCGCGAAUACGCGCUGUGCGAGACCUAAUUUCGUUGACUCUCCGGAGAGUGGAGCGCUCGAAGAGAGCGUGAACUACACGAAACAAGAGAGAGAGAAAGAGAAAAAGAGAGAGAGAGAGAGAGAGAGAGAGAGAGAGAAAGAGUUCGAACGAGACUGUGAAAGAAAAAAAGAAGAGGGGAAAUACAAGAUACAAAACAUACAACAACAACAACAACAAUAACAACAACAAUGAUGAUGAUGAUGAUGCGUCGCGAACAAAAAGGUCAAGCAUCCUUGAGAAAGCAAUCGUCGUCGUCGUCAUCGUCGUCGUCGUCGUCAUCGCCAUUGGGCAACCAUUCGGCAUAUAACAGGACGACGGUGUACGAGCUUGGUCUCUCGAAUUCGUCGUCGUCGUCCUCCUCCUCCUCCUCUUCCUCCUCCUCCUAUCCCUCGUCGUCUUCGUCGUCACCGUUAUCAUCGUCCUCGUCGACGAGCUGCCCAAGUCUUUUGACCGUCUUAGCAUGGACGGCUACGUUAUUACUUGUCUCGUCUUGUCUUGGUAUUGCCGAUGCUGGUGUCCUCAUGAGUCAUCCCUUAGGUAAACGGUCUUACCUUGAUAUCUCUUGCAAGGGCGUUUACGAUAAGAGCAUCUUCGCCCGCUUGGAUCGCAUCUGCGAGGACUGCUAUAAUCUUUUCCGCGAGCCACAACUUCAUGUACUUUGCAGAAAAAAUUGCUUCACCACCGACUACUUCAAGGGAUGCUUAGACGUUUUAUUGCUGACGGACGAGAUGGAGAAGAUCCAAAUGUGGAUCAAGCAACUCCAUGGGGCUGAUCCCGGGGUUUAGGCAAGACUGCUUCGGCACUCAAUACUUCAUGAGCUGCAUCCAAGCGUUGCUACUUGAGGACGAGAAGGAAAAGUUCCAAGGGAUGGUCGAGUACCUCGGUCGCAAGAAGUAAGCGAGAAAAGAAGGAAGGAAGGAAGGAAGGAAGGAAGGAGGAGAGGAAGGAAGGAAGGAAGGAAGGAAGGAAGGAAGGUGAAGAGGAAGAGUGGAAAAGUGGAAGAAAGAAAAAGAGGAAGAGUGGAAGAGAAGAAUGAAGGGGAAGAAAAAGGAAGAAAGUAACGAAGAAUAUUGAUAGGCUAUCGAACGCGAAGAGACUACGAUAAGAAGACACGAAUAAUGACAUGGAUGAUUUACAUGGAUGAUGAUUUCACGAGGAUUUUCAGGUUUGCACGUUAUAUUGCAAACAAUUAUAGAUUUUUACAAUCAUUCCCCACCCAUUAAUUAAUGAAAGUCUAAUUCCGUUCGAUUGCGUGACGAACGUUAAUUUUAUCGUUUAUUUUUCGUCGAUCGACGAACGAAAGAAUUUAUCCUUACACUUUGCCCUAUCAUCUCACCCCCUCCCCCCACUUUUUUUCUUUCUUUUUUAUUCGU